CGAUCUCCACUAGCACAUGCGCAGUGGCGCCCAGGCGAGGUCACUGCGAAGCCCCGGGAGCUGGGGGUUCCGGCCGGGGCCUCUGGGGACCGGGCUGGGACAAGCGUGUCCUGCCGGCUCCCGGCUCCUCCCAGGGAGGGAAGCGGUGAAGCCGAGCCCCUAGUGCAGCUCUAGGUCGAGCCUGCACGGAGGCGCUCGCCACGCCGCCGCCAUUGUUGCCCGGGCUGCGCCGACGGGGCCCGAGUGACAGGGUCUUGCUCAUCCUUGCAAGUUCUGAACUCAGAAUUUGUUACAAGGUACUAACUUUAUCGCGGUUCCAUUCUGGACCUGGCCGCAGCAGCCCUUGGGGGAAAAAAAUUGUGACUGUCACAUGAGACUUCAAACAGUUGGUUCAAUUCUGGAAAAAUAAAGGAUACUAUCGGAUAGGUUCUCCUGUCUGUAGCCAUGUUAGCCUCAAGAAAGAAGAUGGCAAAUUCUUCACGCUCACAGGUCCUUCUAAUGUGGAUGCCAGACAAGAUUCAGAAGGGACCCUGCAGUGUUGGGAAGCCAACACUCACCUCAAGACUCUUGCGGGACACCGAAACCUGUCGACAGAAUUUUAGAAACUUUCCAUACCCUGAUGUGGCGGGUCCCCGGAAAGCAUUGUGUCAGCUCCGAGAGCUCUGCCUGAAGUGGCUGAGACCUGAGGUUCAUUCCAAGGAACAAAUUCUAGAGCUGCUGGUGCUGGAGCAGUUUCUAAGCAUCCUGCCUGGAGAGGUUAGGACUUGGGUAAAUUCUCAGUACCCAGAGAGCAGCGAGGAAGUGGUGGCUUUGGUGGAGGAUUUGACUGAGAUUCUAGAAGAAGAAGCUUCUCAGAAUUCUGCCCUUCCCCAAGAAAUCCCAGAGGAAGACCCCAAACAUGCUUUCCAGACAGGAUGGCUCAAUGACUUGGUGACCAAAGAUUCAGUAACCUUCAAAGACGUGGCUGUGGACAUCACCCAAGAGGACUGGGAACUGAUGCGCCCUGUUCAGAAGGAACUGUAUAAGACGGUGACUUUACAGAACUAUUGGAACAUGGUUUCUCUAGGACUGACUGUGUACAGGCCAACUGUGAUUCCCAUCUUAGAAGAGCCAUGGAUGGUGAUCAAAGAAAUUGUAGAAGGCCCUAAUCCAGAAUGGGAAACUAAAGCUCAAGCACAUAUCCCAUUAAAGGCUCUUCCUAAACUCAAACAGGAUGGAACCCAAGCCAUAAAAUUGGAAGAGUCCUCUGACGACGACAACAAUGAUGGCUUAGAGAGGCAGCCAGUGUGUGCCUUCAGGAAGAGUCACAUUGAUGAGGGAGACUUCAGUUUGAAGUCAGAGCUUUCACCAGAAGACCCUACAGAAGAAUACCUUAGUAAAUGUGAUAUAUAUAGAGAUAAUUUUGAAAAGCACACAAACCUAAUUGUACAGUUUGAUACCCAGUCAGAUGAUAAAGCUUCUCUGCAUAGUGAAAGCAAGCCAACGUUCAAUAAUGUCUCGUCUGCUAGUGUGGUGGUGCAUGGGAAAAUACUUCCUGGAGAUAAGCCUUAUUCAUGUAAUGUCUGUGGAAAAAAAUUUAGAAAAUACCCGUCACUCCUGGCACACCGAGAUAACCAUGCCAAAGAGAAAUCUUACGAAUGUGAAGAAUGUGGUAAAGAAUUUAAGCAUCUCUCAUCCCUCAUUGCCCAUCAGAGAAUGCACACUGGAGAGAAACCGUACGAAUGCCACCAGUGUGGAAAAGCCUUCAGUCAGCGCGCACACCUGACUAUACACCAGAGAAUUCAUACUGGAGAAAAGCCCUACAAGUGUGAGGAUUGUGGGAAAGACUUCAGUCAGCGCGCACACCUCACCAUCCAUCAAAGGACACACACUGGAGAGAAACCAUAUAAAUGUUUGGAGUGCAGUAAAACCUUUAGCCAUAGUUCAUCCCUGAUUAAUCAUCAGCGGGUUCAUACUGGAGAAAAACCUUACAUAUGCAAUGAAUGUGGGAAGACUUUCAGCCAGAGCACGCACCUUCUCCAACAUCAGAAAAUCCACACUGGGAAAAAGCCGUAUAAGUGCAAUGAGUGUUGGAAGGUGUUCAGCCAGAGCACUUACCUCAUUCGACACCAGAGAAUCCAUUCUGGAGAGAAGUGCUACAAAUGUACUGCAUGUGGGAAGGCCUUUGCCCACUCCUCAACCCUCAUCCAACAUCAGACCACCCACACUGGAGAGAAAUCCUAUAUCUGCAAUGUGUGUGGGAAAGCCUUCAGCCAAAGCGCCAACCUUACCCAGCAUCAUAGAACACACACCGGAGAGAAACCGUACAAAUGUAGUGUGUGUGGGAAAGCCUUCAGCCAGAGUGUGCACCUCACGCAGCACCAGAGGAUUCACAAUGGAGAAAAGCCCUUCAAAUGUAAUACCUGUGGGAAAGCAUACAGACAAGGUGCGAAUCUGACUCAGCAUCAACGGGUCCACACUGGCGAGAAGCCCUACAAAUGCCACCACUGCGGGAAGGCCUUUAUCUACUCUUCGUCGCUUAAUCAACAUCGGAGAACUCACACUGGAGAGAGACCCUAUAAGUGUAGUCACUGUAACAAAGAUUUUAGCCAGAGAACAUGCCUUAUUCAACACCAGAGGAUUCACACGGGAGAAAAGCCCUACGGGUGCCGCAUAUGUGGGAAAGCCUUCACCCAGAGUACAAAUCUCAUUCAACAUCAGCGGGUUCAUACGGGCGCCAGACAUCGCAAUUGACAGAUGUGAUAGGCUUUGUUUACGCUUUAAAACUUGAUUGCUUAAAUUUCAUUGUGUGCUGUGUCAAAAUACCCAAAAGAAAUCUGAAGAAGUGCAAUAUGCUAGAUACCACAGUAUCAGAAAGUACCCUAAGUGGUCAGAUGGCUCUCGUCCAUUUGGAUUUAGUGUGAGAUUUAAAGCUCCAUCACCUGGCUAACUUUUACCCGAUAUCACUUGAAUUCAUUCCAGAAAGAAAUACUAGGAAAGGACAAGUUAUAAACCUGUGAUUCUUCAACUCUUCGUAUAUUUCAAGUGCGUUUUAUUGAGGCCUUAGGAGUAUGCCUUGGGAAAGUGUCUGUCAAAUGGGUCUCACACUAGGGAGUAAUCCUGACAUUAUAGCAAAGAGGGUAGAUGCUUCGGGGCCUUUGCUUCAUCCUACCUCUGAAGCCU